AUGGCUGCGGCCCCCAUAGCUUCGUCGUUUUCCCAAAACUUAACCGUGCCGCCAGCCAUUUCGUCCACCUUUUGCGCCAACUCCCCUAGAAUCACAUCCGUUAGAAUCACAUCUAAGAGAAUUACCCGCCGACGCUCGCAGCGCGUCCAGAGCUCACUAAACGGCGAUAGGAACGUUUCAAUAGCAACGUCCGAAGCAGCCGAGCGACGCAAGGCGAAAUUGAGGGAGCUUAUAGCGGAGCAGAUGGCGCAAGUGGAGGAGGAGGAGAAACCGUACAGAUUCGUGGACGGAAAGAAGUACUACCUAGAUGAGCUUGAUAUCCCGGGAUUCCUGGACGGCUCCCGGUAUUUACGGCCGUCCGAUCCGGAAACUUACAAUCCGGCAGUAUUCCUGUGGAAGAAGAUUGGCGACAUUCCCGAGGAGAGGCGCCACAGACUGCUGGACCUUCUCAAACCUCAUCACUUUACCCUCAUGUGGGACGCGGCCGGCAAUCGCUUUCAGCUGGAGCAGGAAGAUGGGGAGGAAGGUGCGGACCCGGUGACGUCAGCAGGGGGGAUGCUGCCAGACGUUGCCACGUCAGCACCGCUGCAGCCAGAGAUAUGGGAUGGGAGGGUGAUUGGAGUCCCAGCUCCCCUCUCAUGGCUUUCGCGGUUUCAAAAGACGUUCUUUGUUGGGACUGAUGGGCUGCGCUAUGGUCGAGUCAUCUCAGGUGGCCCCCUCUUUACUGGCCUCUCCAAUAUAAUCACACCCUUGUAUUUCCGCAUCCGGGCGGCAUCUCACGUCCUGGCAACAGACGAGCCAUGCGACCUCUCCUUUGACUACGAAUCCGGGCAGCUUCACCUAAAAGAUUCUGGGCUGCCCGAAGGUUUCCCUGACCCUCGUGAGUUGAACUCUUUGAGACCUUGUAGGAGGCAGUGGGGCCGGGGGGGAUAG